AUUACUCAACUUCAGGCAAAUGAGUGUCUCAUUGGCGGCAUCAGUGGCCACACGUGCGCCCGAGAGGCCAUCACUUCUCAUUAUAAGCAAACCUAAACCUAAGCAAUCGAUCGACGACCACAAGUCUUGGUCUAACCUGAGUCCCAAUCUUCAGCCGCCGACUCCACCAAUACUGACCACAAAUGCAACCUCCGAUGUAUGUCUUCCGGCCUAUUUUGGGAACAGAUAUUUGUUGGUCUCUCAGUUCGAGACGAGUAGUUUGUAUCGUUGUAUUGACACCAAAACCAACUGCGAGUACUGUUGCAAAAUUGUGGCCACAAUGCGUUACCAGCAGUUCCUGUCGGGUCACCUGAGAAUGGAUGGGCACUCAGCGAUCAAUGCGGUGGAAGAGGUGUUAGUGGGCAAAGAGCAGACAUAUGUGUUGUUCUCGCGAUCGUAUGGUGACCUCCAUCUCUAUGUGAGGAGCAGAAAGCGAUUGCGGGAAUCGGAAGCCAUUCAUUUGUUUCAUCAAAUCGUUACGAUUGUCGCCGACUGUCAUACAAAUGGCAUCAUUUUACGUGAUCUCAAACUCAGAAAAUUUAUAUUUGCAAACAAAGAGAGAACUCAACUAAAACUGGAGACAUUAGAAGACGCGGCAGUUCUCGAUGAUAGUGAGGACGACAUGUUGAGCGACAAACACGGCUGUCCCGCUUAUGUGAGUCCUGAGAUCUUGUCAACCAGUGUUGGCUCGUACUCUGCCAGACAAGCGGACUGUUGGUCGUUGGGAGUGAUGUUAUACACGAUGCUUGUCGGCCGCUACCCCUUCCAUGACAUGAACCCAUCGCUACUCUUCUCUAAGAUCAGGAGAGGAACGUAUGUCAUUCCCGACUCUCUCUCACAACACGCCAAGUGUCUCAUCCGAAGCCUAAUGAGAAUAGAGCCGACUGAACGACUCUCUGCCGAAGACAUUCUAUCGCACCGUUGGUUCAACAACUAUCGGUCCAACAAUAGUUGCAAACAUUAUAAAACUGCCGCCAAUAGCCAAAUGAUAGCUACGAUGACCAGUGCCUCCCAAUCGGCUCAUUCUACUACUAAUUGUUGCAAAUCUAAUCAUCCCAGCGAUCAAACAGUUCCCGAUCUUAUUGACAAUGAUUCCGAUACUGAAGAAUCGGAUUCAUUUACUCAAUCACUUACCGAAUAAUCAAUUAUUCUUUACUUCUGUUGUGUUGGAAACAUGUUUUG